AUGCCAUUCGGCCUGAAGAACACCGGCGCGACGUACCAACGAGCUAUGAACCUUAUUUUUCACGACCUAAUUGGCCGAACCGUUAAAGUCUACAUCGACGACGUUGUUGUAAAAUCCCCAUCCAAGGCUGACCACGUGGGGCAUCUCCGACAGGCUUUCAAUCGCAUGCGGGCACACGGCCUAAAGAUGAACCCUAAGAAAUGUGCUUUCGGCGUCACCGCCGGAAACUUUCUCGGUUUCUUGGUCCACCAACGAGGGAUCGAGGUAGAUAAGAAUAAAGCCACGGCUAUUAUGACGGCACCCCCGCCGAGGACCAAAAAGGAACUCCAGUCUUUCCUCGGAAAGGUCAACUUUUUAAGGCGGUUCAUACCCAAUUUGGCGGGGAAAAAUCCGGCCAUUGACUCCUCUGCUCAAACUGAAAGACACGGAACGAUUCGUGUGGGGGGCAGAACAUCAAGCGGCCCUCGACGACAUCAAGCAAUAUUUAUCUCAACCACCGGUCCUUAUGUCGCCGAAAAGAGGGAAACCUUUGAGGCUUUACAUUUCGGCUUCAGAAGGCUCUAUCGGUUGUCUGCUGGCCCAGAACAAUGA